AUGUCCAAAAGCACCAUGCUCAGAUUAGUGUCCAUACACGCGUUGAUGAAACACUUGAAUCGGUGCGAAGUAGUGAUCAUAUUAUUCCUCCUGUGGGCCACUCUAUGGCCAUUGGUUUUCCCCAAUUGGAUGUCCUUUGGCUACAAACUGGUGGCCGACAGAGACAUCGACGCCGAUGUCUUCAGUUGUCAUACACUGAACACGACUGUCGAUAACAGAGCUGACUGUCCACUAGUGGACACCCGUUUAGAGCCAUUGGUGACUGCAUUGACCCAAACGGACAGCCAUUUGUUGGACACAAUCGCUGACAGGUAUGACAUCAAACUCGGCGGUCGACACGAGCCCCGGGAGUGCCGGAGCCGCCAGAAGGUGGCCGUAAUCGUGCCCUUCCGGGACCGGUGGCCGCACCUCAAGCUCUUCGUGCAACACAUGCACCCAUUCCUCGUGAGUCAACGCCUCGAUUACCAGAUCUUUAUAGUGGAACAGAUGGACACCAAUGGCUUCAAUAGAGGCAAACUGUUUAACAUUGGCUUCCGGGAGGCCAUCAAAAUGGACCCCGAGUUCUGUUGCUUCAUAUUCCACGACAUCGAUGUCCUGCCCAUCAAUCGCCGCCAGACCUACCAGUGCUCCCGCAGUCCCCGUCACAUGUGCUCGGCGUUGGAUAAGUUCCGGUAUGUGUUGAUAUACCCGGACCUGUUGGGCGGUGUGGUGGCCAUCAGUAGGUCUCAGUACGAGUUAGUCAACGGAUACUCGAAUCGGUUCGAGGGUUGGGGUGCAGAGGACGACGACUUCUACAAUAGGAUUAAAGCCAAAGGCCUUGUGCUGACCCGUUGGUCGCAACAGAUCUCCCGGUGCCUUAUGCUCAGACAUAAGCCCGAAAAGCCAAACCCCAGUCGUAUGGCUCUACUGGAGUCAGGGAGAGCCCGGUUCCAGUCGGACGGACUCAACGAUUUGCAGAAUAGUUACCAAAUACUGGCCGUUCAUUUUGAACCCCUCUAUACCAUAAUCAAAGCUAAGCUCUCAUAA